CCCUACCUGUUCACCUAUAGAAACAGCAACUACCUGCCCAGGUUGCCCACACCCCAGGCAAAGUUUGAGGUGAGAGAAGGAGCGGAAAUCAGGUGUCCUGACAAGGAUCCUUCUGACACGAUUCCCACCUCAGUUCACAGACUGAAGCUGGCUGACAUCAAGGUCAUCGGAGCCAUGGGUGACUCAAUCACGGCAGGUAACGGGGCCGGGUCCAGGCCUGGGGACGUCCUGGACGUCUUGACUCAGUACCGAGGUCUGUCCUGGAGCGCCGGCGGUGAUCAUAAUCUCAGCAGUGUCACCACCCUGCCAAACAUCCUCCGGGAAUUCAACCCUUCCCUGAAAGGCUUCUCUGUUGGGACCGGAAGAGAAAACAGCCCUGGGGCCUUCCUAAACCAGGCUGUGGCAGGAUCCCGAGCAGAGGACUUACCUGCUCAGGCCAGGAGGCUGGUUGACCUGAUGAAGAAUGACACGAGCAUAAAUUUUCAGGAAGAUUGGAAGAUAAUAACCCUGUUUAUAGGAGGCAAUGACCUCUGUGACGUCUGCAAUGACCCGUUCCGCUACUCCCCCGAGAACUUCACCAGCAACAUCGGGAAGGCUCUGGACAUCCUCCACGCUGAGGUGCCUCGGGCGUUCGUGAACAUGGUGAAGGUGCUACAGAUCAUCAGCCUGCGGGAGCUGUACCAGGAGAAGAAUGUCAGCUGCCCAAGGCUGAUCCUCCGGAAUCUGUGUCCCUGUGUCCUGAAGUUUGAUGAUAACUCCACAGAACUUGCCUCCCUCAUCGAGGUGAAUAAGAAAUAUCAGGAGGGGACUCACCAGCUGGUUGAGAGUGGGCGUUACGACACGAGGGAAGAUUUUACAGUGGUCGUGCAGCCGUUCCUUGAGAAAGUGGACAUGCCAAAGACCCCGGAGGGGUUGCCUGACAGCUCUUUCUUUGCCCCCGACUGCUUCCACUUCAGCAGCAAGGCUCAUGCCCACGCAGCCAGCGCCCUCUGGAACAACAUGCUGGAGCCUGUCGGCCAGAAGACAACACAGCAUAAGUUUGAAAGCAAGAUCAACAUCAUGUGUCCAAACCAGGACUGGCCAUAUCUGAGCACCUACAAGAACGACGUGCAGGAUUAUGGGAGCCGGUUGCUAUGCAGUGACAGAGCCCCUUCUGCCUCGCCGCCCACCUCAGUGCACGCCCUGAGACCUGCAGACAUCCAAGUUGUGGCUGCUCUGGGGGAUUCUCUGACCGCUGGCAAUGGAAUUGGCUCCAAAGCAGAUGACCUUUCUGAUGUCACCACUCAGUACCGGGGGCUGUCAUUUAGUUCAGGAGGGGACAGCUACCUGGAGAAGGUGACCACCUUACCAAAUAUCCUGCGGAAGUUUAACGGAAAUCUCACAGGCUAUGCGGUGGGCACAGGUGACGCCAAUGACACAAAUGCAUCCUUCAAUCAGGCUGUUCCUGGCGCCAAGACUAAGGAACUUGCGAGCCAAGUCCAGACUCUGAUACAGAAGAUGAAAGAUGACCACAGAGUAAAUUUCCAAGGAGACUGGAAGAUCAUCACGGUGCUGAUUGGAGGCUCUGAUUUAUGUGACUACUGCACAGAUUCGAAUCUGUAUUCUGCAGCCAACUUUUUUGUCCAUCUCCGCAACGCCUUGGACCUCCUGCAUAGAGAGGUGCCCAGGGCGCUGGUCAACCUCGUGGACUUCAUGAGCCCCAGUGUCAUGCGGCAGACAUUCCUGGGGAACCUUGACAAGUGCCCUCAGCAGCAGGCCAGUGUUUUCUGUAACUGUGUUCUGACCCCGCGGGAGAGCUCCCAAGAGCUGGCCAGGUUGGAAGCCGUCACCCAAGCCUACCGGAGCAAUGCGCGCGAGCUGGUGGAGUCAGGCCGCUAUGACACGCGGGAGGACUUCUCUGUGGUGCUGCAGCCCUUCUUCUCCAACCUCCGGCUGCCCAUCCUGGAGGACGGGAGCCCGGACCUGUCCUUCUUUGCUCCGGACUGCCUCCACCCAAGUCAGAAGUUCCACUCCCAACUCUCCAGAGCCCUUUGGGUCAAUAUGCUGGAACCAGUAGGAAGGAAAACGGACACCCUGGACUUGAUGGCAGACAUACCCCUCCCCUGCCCCACCCAGAACAAGCCCUUCCUGAGAACUGCCCGGAACAGUAACUACACAUACCCCAGCAACCCAGCCAUUGAGAACUGGGGCAGCGACUUCCUGUGUACAGAGUGGAAUCCUUCCACCAGUGUCCCCACGUCAGUCCAUGAGCUCCGGCCUGCAGAUAUCAAAGUGGUGGCCGCCCUGGGAGACUCUGUGACUACAGCGGUGGGAGCCCGACCCAGCAACACCAGUGACCUCCCCACAUCCUGGAGGGGACUCUCCUGGAGCAUCGGCGGGGAUGGUGAUUUGGAGAGCCACACCACACUGCCCAACAUUCUGAAGAAGUUCAACCCCAACAUCCUGGGCUUCUCCACCGGCACCCGGGAGGAGACGGCAGGGCUGAAUGUAGCCGUGGAAGGGGCCCGAGCUCGGGACAUGCCGACCCAGGCCCGGGACCUUGUGGAGAGAAUGAAAAACAGUGCUGAAAUCAACCUGCACAAAGACUGGAAGCUGAUCACACUCUUCAUUGGGAGCAACGACUUGUGUCAUUACUGCGAGAAUCCGGAGGCCCACUCAGCCCAGGAGUAUGUUUGGCACAUCCAGCAGGCACUGGACAUCCUCUACCAGGAGCUACCGAGGGCCUUCGUCAACGUGGUGGAAGUCAUGGAGCUGGCUGGCCUGUACCAGGGCCAAGGUGACACAUGUGUCAUGCCACUGGCAGCCCAGAGCAACUGUGCCUGCUUCCGAGGUUCCCAGGAGAACUCCCUGAAGAUGCAGGAGCUGAAGACCGUGAACUGGAACUUCCAGAGCGGCAUCUCCGGCUUCUCCUUCCGGCCCCAGUACCUGCAGCGGGAGGACUUCGCGGUGGUCGUGCAGCCGUUCUUCCGGCACACGCUGGCCCCCCUGAACAACAGAGGGGGCGCUGACCUCAGCAUCUUCUCCGAGGACUGUCUGCACUUCUCCGAACACGGGCAUGCCGAGCUGGCCAUCGCUCUCUGGAACAACAUGAUGGAACCAGUGGACCGUAAGACAACCUCCAACAACUUCACCUACAGCCGAACCAAGCUCAAGUGCCCUUCUCCUGAGAGCCCCUACAUCUACACCCUGAGGAACAGUCAGCUGCUCCAAGAUAAGGCUGCAGCAGGCCCCACAGAGCUCCCCUGGGCCACGCCAGUGGCGGCAGGAUGUGGCCUUGUGGUCGGCAUUGGCACCGUGAUGGCCUGGAGAGCCCUAAGACGUCGCCAGAGGGGAAAUCCUCCAAUAAGUCUGAACACUGUGAGCUUCUAGGCCCUCCAGCCUUGUGAGGACUCUCACCCUACACUCCCCAGCCACACUCCUCACCAGCCCUCUACCUCAGCCACUACAGAGCUCACUCGCUAUACCUGGCGACACAGGAAGCCAAAAGGACAGUCAUGCCUUCUUGGGGCCUGGGACCUAUGCUCUUGGAAUUGGCACAUCUAAAUAAAGGCCAAAGCCAUUUUAUUCUUG